AAUAAUCAAUAAUCAAUGAUGGAUUCAAAUAUUCACAAUAAUAAUAACAAUGAAUAUCGUUGGCAUCUUGAAAAUCUAUGCCGUGAAUAUCGUAUUGCAUUCGAAUCACUAAAAGAAUUAAUCACUAUACUUCCUGGUGAAAAAAUUUUCUCACAAACCGAAUUAGAUAGAUAUGUACAGGAUAUAUCCAUUAUUGAUUCGAAUCUCAUUCAAUUAUCAUCACAUUAUGGUAUAGUAUCGAUUUUGAAUCCAUUCUUGCAUAAUUUUAUUUUAUUUUAUUUUGUUUUUCUAGAUACAUUAUCAUCAUCAUCAUCAACAUCAACAUCAUCGACAGCCAUAUCAAUCAAUGAUUCAUCAUCGUCAUCAUCAUCAAAUUUACAUUAUUAUUAUACAUCAUUACCACAUUCAACAUUACUACCAUUGAAUGAAGACAAUGUUGAUGAUAAUAACAACAAUAAUAACAUUCAUUACUAUGAAUCUUGGAAUUUGAAUUCGAAUUUAAAUUAUAUUACUGAUGAUGUGGAUGUCGAUUCAAACAAAAACAAAACCACAACAACAACAACAAACAAAUCAUCAUCAUCGACAUCGAAUCAAAAAAAAUUAAAAACAAAUGAAUCAAGAAUAUGGUAUAAAUGUGGUUGGGAUGGCUGUAGUUUCGGUAGUUUCUAUAAUGGCGUCGUAAAACGUCAUAGUUAUAAACGGCAUAGUGGAAAAAUUAAAAUUGAUAAAUCAUCAAAUUUAUCGAUGCAUCGAUUUAAAUGUGAUUGGCCUGGAUGUGAUGUAUCACUUGUUGCAUAUCAUAAACUUGUCGAACAUAAACGAAAACAUACUGGAGAGAAACCAUUUCGUUGUAAAUGGAAAUCUUGUAAUUAUGCUACAGCAAGAUUAUAUAGUAUGAUUAUACAUGAACGUACACAUAAAUUGGAUCCAUUCUUUUAAAUGGUUUUGCAAAUAUCAAUUGUUCAAAAUUUAAUUAAAAAAAAAAAAACUGAAGACGAAGACAGAAAAAAAGUUGUCAAAAAGUCAAUCAUCAUCAAUCGUCAUCAUUAUUACUAUUGGCCCUCAUAAAUUUCAAGUUUCCUAAUAAUGAUGAUGAUGAUCAUCAUCAUCAUCAAAACGGACAAGACUUUCAAGGAUCUCGAACAUCAUCAUGAUCAAUAUCAUGACAUCAAUUGUCAUCAUCAUCAUCAUCAUUUACAAUUCAUAUAUUCAUUACAAAACAAAAAUAUUGCUGUUAUAUUUAUACAUUUCGAACCGAUAGCAGAUGUUUGAAAAAAAAAGAAAAGAAAAACUUUUUCUUUUGUA